CGUUGAAGGAUCCUCAAAAUCAGGCUUGAGAUCUCCAUCUUCUUAUUCCUCUCCUCUUGUGCGUUUGUACAAACCCCUGCUCAAUCGCACUUUCCCUUCUUCAGACAUCAGAUAGGGAUGUCGCUCCUACCUCUUCUCUCGCCAGCCGAGCGGUCAUACAUUCGAACCGGAUUGGCCGACCCCAAAACACCUACUCGACUGGACAACCGAAAGCUCGAUGGCUUCCGAUCCGUACAGAUAUCCCAGGGAGACGCUCCUCAGGCAAAUGGAAGCUCUCGAGUCGUUCUAGGAGGAAAGGGCGGAACGGAAGUGAUGGUCGGGAUCAAGCUCGAAGUGGUGGAUGCUGCCGAGAUCGGAGAAGAAGCAGAUGAGGAACGUCAGGGCAAGGAGAGCUGGAGGGCAAGCGUCGAGGUCGAUGUAACACCCCAAGCAUAUCCUCACCUUCAAUCUCAAGGGCUCAACGCGUUGUCGUCAUACUUUGUCAACCUGAUCACGGAUCACUUUGUGCCAUAUCUGCCGCCUCUAGCAAUCCUGCCACCUUACAAAUAUUUUCAGCCUCAAGUGCACGUGUCUAUCCUCUCGAGCACCAGCGCUUCUGUACCCUUCGUCCUCUUCCUGGCUCUUCGCGCAGCUUUCUCGAAUCUCCACGUCCCGGUGACUAAAUACGUCGGAUACGAAGGAGCUACAAGCGGUGAUACUAUCCCCGACAAUUCUACGGGGACCGGAGCGGAUGAUGACAUGGGUGCCGGGUUCGUUGGUGGAGAUGCAGGGUUGACGGGAGCUGUGAGAGCUCCUCGUGGCAAUACGGCCGCACAGAAGAAGGCGAGAAGGGGUGGCAAGGGGAAAGAAAGGCAGAUGAAGAUCACUGGAAAGGGACGUGCGGAGUAUGUGGCCGGACCUGGAGACGAUUGGGAUUUGGAGGAUCUCGGUGGGGGAGACGAAGGCGAGGGCGAGUUGAUGGAGCGAUCUGUCAGGCUUGGACUUCCUGCCUGCGUUACCUUGAAUCUGAUACCGGACACGGAAAAGUAUUUCCUCGAUGCUUCUCGUCAAGAAGAGAUCGCCUGUCCAUCGCGACUGCAUCUGUUCUUCAGUUCUCGAACGUCGACGUCUAGCUUGGGAGAGUUGAAGGUCUGUGGGUUGCGAAUAGAAGGGGGAGAGCCUAUCGAUCUGGGUAGACUACCUGGACUCUUGCUGGAAGGCAAGCGGAUAGCGAUGGAGAUCAUGAACGAUACGAACAAGGUCAUGGAAUAGAAUUAGAUGACCGCAUUGACGCGGAAGCUUGUAACUCGUAUACCAUAGCUUCCCCUACGAACGAAAUUUUACGCUCUCGAGCGCUCGAUGAGAGUGGGCGUGUCGUUAGGAGGAUGAUGAGGAGGAUGAUGAUGAUAUCACUUCUGGCC